AUGGCAUCAUUUUUACUUUCAGAAUGUCUCGAAAAGAUUUUUUUAAAUCUUCUUGAAUAUCCUUCUGUAAAUAUACGAAUUUACACAUCAACUAAAGAUUUAUAUUCUUGUACGUUAGUAUCAAGACAUUGGUGUAGAAUCUCCACACCAUUCUUAUAUGAAUAUCCAUUUCAUCAUUUUCGUCAUUUGUCUUAUCCUAACAUAACAUAUUUUAAAUUGAUUCGUACAUUAUUAAGUUGCAUUCCUAAAUCUGAAAUCGAACAAAUUAUUUUAUCAAAUUUUUCAAUUAAACAAAAAUUAUAUUAUAAACCAAAAUCUUUAGAUAUAUCAACAACUUUUAAUUAUACAACUUUUAUUCGUGGAUUAAUUUUUAGUGAUUUAUCUGAACCAUUAUUAUUUUUUUAUCGUAAAAUAUGGUUACCUCCAUAUAUUCCUGAUAGUAAUAAUAUAAAGAAUGAUCAAUUCUCAAAAAUAUCAAUCCCAAUUAUGAAUCAUCUUGUAAAUUUCUUAUGUAAACAUUGUAAUAAUUUAAGAACUCUUGAAUUUCCAUUUAGAGUACAAAAUAAUAAGCUUUUUAAUAGUACAAUUGAAUUAUUAACAAAUAAAGAUUGUGUUGAAAAAAGUAAAUUAAGUGACUUAAAAGAAUUAUUUUAUAUUAAUAGAAGUAAUGAGAUUACAUUAUCAACAAAAGAUUUUUAUUCAACUCUUUCAAGUAAUAUUAGUAAAUUAGAUUUACUUUAUAAUGAAGGAAUUAAUUCUCUUGAAAAAGUAAAUUCUUUAUCUCAAUUUAUUUCUUUACAAAAAAAUUUACGACAUAUUAUAUUAUCUGAACCUAAAUAUGGUUCUAUGCUAUAUAAUAUUGAACAUUAUAAUAUUAUAUUUAAUUCUUUAACAACACAAAAUGAAAGUUUGAAGGCAUUGGAAUUUAAAUAUUUAUCUUUUUCUGGAAUAGAUGAAAUGGCAUUAAAUUCAUUAUGUUCACUUAAAAAUAUUAAAGAAUUAAAAUUAUAUAAUUGUAGAAAGAUAGAUAAUAAUUUAAAUGCUUGGGCGAAGAAACUUACAAUACUUGAAGAUUUUGAAUAUGUAGCAUAUUAUUAUGCAUCUAUUUCAGAAGAUUUCUUGGAUCAAAUCAUUAAAUCAUCUUCAACUACUUUAACUAAAUUUGCUAUAAAAUUUAAAAGGUCAGAUAACCAACAAUCAAUAUUUCAACAAAUUCCACUUUACUUAAAUUUAUUAACUUAUUUGGUCCUUCCUAAAGUUUGUCCUGAUGAGUUGAUUUCUAUAUUUAAAUCAUGUACUAAAUUAGUUUAUAUUAGUGUAAAAUUAUCUGAAUCAAUUGAUUUAUCAUGGGGUGAAAAUUUUAAAAAUUUAGGUAAAUUUAUUCCUAAAAAUUUACAAAGAAUUCAUUUUAAAGAUAUUGAUAAAGAAUAUAUGUUUAAUAGCAAUGCAUUAAGAUUAUUUUUUAAAGAUUGUAAAUAUAAGGAUGGAAAGUUAAAGUUUUUAAGAAUAAAAGGAAAAUUAAUUUUGAGUCAGGAUUAUUUUGAUGUUGCCAGUGAAUUUGGUAUAAAAUUAAUUAACAAAAGAAAGUUAUAUUAA